CCUCCCCUCCGCCACCGAUCUCGGAGUGAGCGAGAGGAAGCUGAAGCUGUGGCGCAAGAAGGGCGGCGGCGACCUCGAGCCGGUCCUCGCGAGCGGCGCCGUCGCCCUCCUCGACGCGCAGUGGGUCAUCAGCCACGCCGAGGCGGGCGGCGUCCUCACCCACCGUCAGGCGCUGCUCAAAGAGGCCUUCCUCUCUUUCGCCGACCUCGUCGAGGCGACCACCAAGUAUGACCGCCUUCCCGUCGCCGCGCUCUCCUACCCGUGGCUGACCAAGGACCACCCCGACCCGCGCGGAGCCAACCUCGCCCGCGUCGCAAGGGCGCUCAAGGCCCUGCUCAGCGAUCCCGACUACAUCCCGCGGCUCGGCGUCUUUUGGGACUUCGGCUCGCUGCACCAGCACCCCGACCCCGCCAACGGCGUCCUGCGCACCGAGGAGCAGAACGCGCUCUUCAAGCAGGGUUUGGGCUGCCUCGGCACGCUCUACUCUCACCCGAAGACUUGGGUGCUGCGGCUGACCUCCUUCCCGGACGGCCACAAGGCGGAGGAUCAGGCCGAGGGCACCAACGUGGCCAAGUACGUUGACCGCGGCUGGUGCGGGCGAGCCUGACUAAGGCCAGCGCCCUCUCGCUCGACCUCGGCAAGAUGCGCGACGGCACGGAGUACGACUGGGACAGCCUCAUCCUCGACUGCACCCAGGACGGCGGCCGGCGCCCUCCGCUGCUGCCGUCUGCGUUCGCGGCGGAGCUGGAGAAGAAGAGCUUCACCAACGGCAAGGACGACAAGCCGCUGGUGAAGCGGCUGUACGAGGCCGCCUUCAAGGAGCAGUUUGGCAAGGCGGCCCAGCUGGACUACGGUAGCCUCGGCUGGGGCGACGCGGAGGCGGCGCAGCUGGCGGAGGUCCUCGCGAGCGGGGCAGCGCCGCGGCUCAAGGAGCUCUGGCUCAACGGCAACAAGAUUGGCGACGAGGGUUGCAAGGCGCUGGCCGCCGCCCUCAAGGAGGGGGCCGCCCCGAGCUUGAAGGCGCUGGGCAACAAGGAGCAGCCUGAGCUGGUGGCCGUGUGCAAGGAGCGCGGCAUCAGGCGGGUCUGAGCCUCUCCAGCGGGGCCCGGCGGGAC